GAUGAAAUAGAGGGUGAAAAGUGAAAAUUCCAGUAUCUAGAAGCAUCUACUAAACCCUCGAUUCUGGAAACUAACUUCUCCCUCACUCUGAGAUUUUAGCCAUAGAACUCUCUCGAAACCCUUCAACAAACUCUUCUCCAUUUCCAUUUAUACCCUUCUCCUUCGCCAAAUUUCCACAUACUUCACGCAUUUCUCGAACCUUUCAUUCAUCACUCAUCUCCGCAUUCUCUCAUGGACGAAGAUUUCGAUAUUCCUGCGGUUGAUUCUAUGAACGACGAUUUCGACUUCGCCGGCGCCGGCGAUAAUCCAAUUCUCAAGGUCGGUGAGGAAAAGGAAAUCGGAAAGCAAGGUUUGAAGAAGAAGCUUCUCAAAGAAGGUGAAGGUUGGGAUACUCCUGAUGUUGGCGAUGAAGUUCACGUUCAUUAUACCGGAACGUUGCUUGAUGGUACGAAGUUUGAUUCUAGCAGAGAUAGGGGAACUACUUUCAAUUUCACGCUUGGACAAGGGCAAGUUAUUAAAGGAUGGGAUGAGGGAAUUAAAACCAUGAAGAAAGGUGAAAAUGCUCUUUUCACCAUUCCACCUGAGUUAGCUUAUGGUGAAUCUGGUUCUCCUCCAACUAUUCCUCCUAAUGCUACUCUGCAAUUUGAUGUUGAGCUGCUGUCUUGGACUAGUGUGAAGGAUAUAUGUAAGGAUGGAGGAUUGUUUAAGAAGAUAGUUAAGGAGGGGGAGAAAUGGGAAAACCCAAAGGAUCUUGAUGAAGUUUUAGUUAAGUAUGAAGCGCGUCUUGAUGAUGGAACACUAGUAGCAAAAUCUGAUGGAGUGGAGUUCACAGUGAAGGAGGGUUAUUUUUGUCCUGCAUUGCCAAAGGCUGUUAAGACUAUGAAGAAGGGAGAGAAAGUGAUCUUGACUGUGAAGCCACAAUAUGGAUUUGAUGAGAAAGGCAAACCAGCUCAUGGUGAUGAAGGUGCAGUUCCACCUAAUGCAACAUUGGAGAUUACCCUUGAGUUAGUUUCUUGGAAGACUGUUUCCGAAGUAACUGAUGACAAGAAGGUUAUCAAAAAGAUUGUCAAGGAAGGAGAAGGAUAUGAGCGUCCAAAUGAUGGAGCUGUUGUAAAAUUGAAACUAAUUGGUAAGUUGCAAGAUGGCACUGUCUUUUUGAAGAAGGGCCAUGGCGAUGAUGAAGCAGAGCUGUUUGAAUUCACAACAGACGAGGAGCAAGUGAUUGAUGGGCUCGAUAGAGCUGUAAUGACCAUGAAGAAGGGUGAGGUAGCAUUGUUGACUAUUGCACCCGAGUAUGCUUUUGGUUCAUCCGAGUCUCGGCAGGAAUUGGCAGUGGUCCCUCCUAAUUCAACCUUGUAUUAUGAGGUUGAGUUAGUAUCAUUCAUAAAGGAUAAGGAGUCAUGGGACAUGACAACUGGAGAGAAGGUAGAAGCUGCAGGUAAGAAGAAAGAAGAAGGGAAUGCAUUGUUCAAAACUGGGAAAUAUGCAAAAGCUUCUAAAAGAUAUGAGAAGGCAGUGAAGUUCAUAGAGUAUGAUACUUCCUAUACCGAUGAGCAGAAGAAAAGUGCCAAAGCCUUGAAAAUUGCUUGUAAUCUGAACGAUGCAGCAUGCAAGCUGAAGUUGAAAGACUAUAAACAGGCAGAGAAAUUGUGUACAAAGGUGCUGGAGUUUGAGAGCACAAACGUGAAGGCCCUCUAUAGAAGGGCUCAGGCAUAUAUCCAGUUGGCUGACUUUGAUUUGGCUGAAUUUGAUAUCAAGAAAGCUCUUGAGAUUGACCCUAACAACAGGGAUGUGAAGUUGGAGUACAAGACUUUGAAGGAAAAGGUGAAGGAGAUCAAUAAAAAGGAUGCAAAGUUCUAUGGGAACAUGUUCAGUAAAAUGACGAAGUUGGAUUCUCUUGACAUUAAUAAAUCGGCGCCAAAGGAUGUUGAGCCCAUGAGUAUUGACAGCAAGGCAUAGAGCACCAUGACAAAUUCAUUAAUAUCAGUUUUAAGUUAUUGUUUUCGACAUUUGAUAGUUGUAAUGGAUUUUAAGGCAUGUCAUUUGGGACAAUUUGUUCUAUUGUCAUGAAUAGGAAAAGUUGCGUUGAUGAAUUGAGUUACCGAAGCUGUUUGACAUUGUAGACUUUGCAUUAUGUAGUGGAAUCAUUUGGUCAUAUUCUUGUUUGUGUCAAUAAGUAAUGCUAUGCAAAUUUAGUUUAA